ACCUAUAAAAAAAACGUCAACGUCAGAGAGUGUCAGGCGAGUCUAUACAGUUCGCCAGAGAGAUCAUCUCAAGAAAAACUUACUUUAUUUUUUCCUUUCAAGUUUUGAAAAAGAAUUAAGCACAAUGGGAGAACGAAAGGGAACGAAUUUGUACUAUCCACCGGAUUAUGAUCCCCGUGCAGGUGGUCUCAACAAGUUCCUGGGCACUCACGCACUGCGUGAACGAGCCCGCAAGCUCCACAUGGGCAUCUUGAUCAUACGAUUCGAGAUGCCCUACAAUAUAUGGUGCGACGGAUGUGGGAAUCAUAUUGGCAUGGGUGUGAGAUAUAACGCGGAGAAGAAGAAGAUCGGGAUGUACUAUAGCACCCCACUCUAUCAAUUUCGCAUGAAGUGUCAUCUCUGUGACAAUCACUUUGAAAUAAAAACUGAUCCUGCUAAUCUGGAUUAUGUCAUAGUGAGUGGUGCGAGACGUCAAGAAAAUCGAUGGGAUCCUACACAGAAUGAACAAGUAGUACCAGAAACGAAGGAAGUGUCAUGUCGAUUAUAUGACGAUGCGAUGUACAAGUUAGAGCAUGGUGUGGAAGAUAAGAAAGUAGCGAAAUCUCGAGAUUCAGCACUGGAAGGUGCAAUAGCCUUGAACGAGAAUAUCUGGAAAGACGAUUACGGCUCAAACUGUGCAGUGAGAGCGUUAUUUCGGGGAAGGAAAAAUGAGCUCAAGAAGAAACAAGCUGGAGAUCAUGCAUUACUAAAAAAGACUGGACUCGAUAUUGACUUGGUGAACGAACAUGAGGAUGACAUCAAACUGGCCAAAUUACUCACUCACAAGAAAGAUGCAAAGAAAAAAGGAAGCACGGAAUUGAAACGGCUAAUUUCGAUUGUGCGGUCUAAAAAUAGAAAAAAAAUAUCCUCUUCGAAUGACCGACUGAAACUACAAACUCAGGAAUCGCCAAAAGUACAGGAAGUAGCUACCACCUCCAAACCCAGUAACUCGAGCACGUCUCUGGUCAAUUAUGACAGUUCCAGUACCGAUAGUGAUACUUAAUACUUUAUAUAUCUAUUUCGAGAAACGAUAUAAUAUAUUUGUAAAUAAAAUACUAUGAAAAUAAUUCUUCGAUUUGCACAUGAUGCACUAAUAUUAGGAGCGAGAUGUAGCACGAUUACAAAAAUAUUUUAAUAAAAAAUAUAUUUCGAGAUUAA